AUGUCUCUCGGCAAUGCGCACACCGAAUCAGCAACGAUGAGCCGGCCAGGCUCGGAUCCCCUACGACCGCACUGUGAUCUGCGAUUGCCCUCAUCUCGUCACAGCAACAGCGCUGGACUUGCCGCUGGUCUUGGCCGUGCACCAGAGUUGGAAGAAAGCGCUGCUUUGUUGAUCGCAAGCUUGCACCGAGCUGCAGAAGUUGCACGAUUUCAAUGGCGCACACAGCAAGCCGCUGCUGCUGCUGCCGCUGCUGCUGCUGUGAGCACCACCCACGCGAGAAUUGUCGCAGGUCGCUACCAUCCCAUAGGCUCUAGCAUCCAACGUGCGACACGACCAUCCAGCGAUCAGUAUGCUCUACUGCCUGCCGCUGCCUCUCGCUCUCUCAGAGCAGCUCAGGGUGGCGACCGUGCGGAUCUGCUCAAUGCUGCUGCAGCUAGCCGCUCGGCACGACGUACAGACUGGCUGACGGAUUCUGAUGAUGAGACGAGCGAAGAUAGUUGGGAUGACGAUCAGGAAGAUCCAUCGAGUGCUGCCAUCAUACGUGCCACUCUAAAUUCGGCCAACAGAUCGGAGAACAGGCCAGACAUCCCACCAGCUCCCUUGCACGACCAGCCGACGUCAGAUCCUGGCGCCGCUUCUUCUUCCUCGACGUACCGCGCCCUGUCCGGCUUUCCGACGGAUGAGACGGAAGCUCAGAUAUGGGACAGAAUGGUCGAGGAGUUGGCGCGCACUUCAUCCUACCCGCCAUCCAACUCCAGCAUUGCAGCAGGAGGCAUCACUUCUGGCCGCACCGCAUUUUCUCAAAGGCAGCUUCCACAUCCGGUAUGGGCUAGGCGAUAUCCCGGUGCGCCCGGCACCUGGCUGAGAGCCGAACUAGCAAGACGAUCAGCCAGCACUCGCGAACGGGAGCGCAAUCCUGCAGAUUCUUCCACUGAUAUCAGGCCCUGGGACGCGCUUCUGCGUCGCUCCCAAGAGCCCGAGCCCGAGGCCGAGGUCGAGGCCGAACGCGCAUCUUCGCAAGACGCCCAUGGAACCGUGCGCAUCCAUGCUGGUCCUGAAGCUGAAAGGUCGCCUCCAAGCUACAACAUCCGCACCACCACUGUUGGCGCUCUCUUGGACGCACAAAGCGCGGAAACGGUGUCGCGGAUGGAACCUAGCUGGCAACGGUGGGCCCGCACCGUCUCGACUCAACGACCGACCGCUCAAGACAGUAACGCCUUGCUACGAGUAGCCAGAACACCUCCAGAGGAAAGACCCUCCACUCGUGACAGCGACGUUUCUCGGAGAACAUCUGUCAAUGAAGAAACGAGACGAGUCGCAGCUGCGACUGAACGUGUAGCCCGGCUCGCUGAAGUGCAGAGACAGCGCCGAGAACAGCGCAACGUUGCGCUUGCUGAAGCUCGAGCAGCGGGCACGCUUUCGACGGAGGAUCACGGAGCAAGAGAACGUAGCCGCGCCUCUCGCGGCGGGCUGGCUUAUCUGCAGAGACUGCGCGAACUGGAUGGACUCAGCCCUUCGCACGACUCUUCUGACGCAGAAGCUCCUGACACGGCGCCAGAAGCUCGACCUCACGACAUCUUUCCGUGGUACGAUCCGCCAACUCGUGGCGGCCCAGUAGUGCGAAGCGCAACUUCGGUAAACUGGUUCGAAGCGGCGCGAGAGAGGCGUGAAGCACAGAAUCGAGCGGCAGAGGAGGAGUUGGCUGCAGCAAACGCAGCGCGCGAACGAUAUCCCGGUGUGCCAGCUGAUCUUUGGGCCGAAGAAGCGCAAGAACAAGAGCCCGGUCUCGAUGAUGCGCAAGUCCAGCCUAGGGUGCGCCCGCAACGAACGGGUGCCGAGCAGCGUCAUCGCAACCGUACCGCUACUGUAGUGGCCUCUCCUCCUCCUCUAGUGGACAGCGGAAUUGGUGAAGCUGCGCGCACGAUGCGCACUGUAGGCAAUGGAUGGACCCUAGUUGGUGAGUGUGCAACAUCCAAAACAGGUUUCAGAUGUGAGCACGCGUUGACGAGUGGUCGCGUCGCAGGUCCACCGACUACCUCGGAAGCGGAGGAGGCACCAUCGACGAAUAGGUCAGCGUCGCACACCACUUGGCUCACUGGCCCCGCUCAGCCCUCGCGCCGCCUCAGCGCCUCUCCUCUGCCGCUUGAACUUCCGCUCUCUCCUCCCGUCCUUGCCAGCGCGACGGCAAUCUCUCAGCCAGGCUCUCAGCGACCAGCCUCUCCAAACGCACCGGCCAGCGACCCACGUCUUCUUAGGCGUCCCCGUCGCCUGCCAAGUCUGACGACAGCCGAGGUCGAGGCUUCGGGCGUUCGCAGCGGCACUGCUUCACCCACUGACGACGCUCCUGCACGACCGAUGCCUUCCUUUGGCACGCCGGCGAGGAGAGCAGAGUACUUGGGUAUGGGCAGCUGGCGAAGAUCUACGAGCCCUGGUGUACAGGUCGUUGACGGUGAUCUCGGCCGAGCUGAAGGUGGUAGCUGGAGCAACUCUGCAGCUGCUGCUGAUUUUGAACGUCGGACGCGCGAAAGCGCCUCUGAGCAAGACACUUCCCCAGCACCCUCGCCAAACUCGACCGCAGAUGCUGCAGAGGAGGCUGCAAGCGUCGGCGCUCUUACGCGACUCACUGGCGCAACGUUGGACAGCAUCGAAGGACAAAACACGCCACAGCUUCGUCCACCGCCUAGCGGCGCGCGAGGCGAAGCAUUGACGGAGCGUGCACGAGCUGCAUUGGCGCAGAGUCGACGCUUGCACGACGUUGGCCAGCGCCUCACGCAAGAGCUCUUGAGCCGCGAAGCUUCGCUUCGACACCGAGAGGAACACUUGCGUGCAGAGAUUGCUCGGCGCAGAAACGCGAGUGACGAGCAACGCCGACGUGAAGGUCGCAUCGGUCGCGUCCUCGCAUCUGACGAACCUAGCGCCGUCGGCCCGGUCGAGCGCGAAGGGGCAACUUUGCUCGUACGAAGACGUACGAUUCGCGACUCUGCGCCGGGUCUGCGGCCUUAUCAGCGCCAGGAUCCUCGUCGUACUCUGAGCACGCAUGACACCUCUUUGGACCUCGCUACGCCAACGGCCGAGCCACCCACCAGCUCCUCGAGAGUCGGCGCCCCUCAAAGCCAGGUCGAUCAAGAAGACAAGAUGUACGAGGGUGGAAAUGCCAACGAGGAGCGCGCUACAGCUGAAACAUCCGAUGCAGCUUUACCAGACUCGUCGCAUUCAGCGUCUCCUUCGAUGGCGAGCACUAGCCGAUUAGAGUCGAGCACAAUUUCCCCCUCGAUCUCGCUUGGAUCGUCAUCGCUCGUUCACGCGCAAGACGUCUCUGCGAUGCCGGCCUCGGCAGUGGGUCUUUUGCAGACAGUCGAUGAGGUUUCGCGCUCGCAGUACAUUGCGGCGACUUAUGCAAGGCUACGCAUGUGGGAACGUCGCGUGCCGACUCAGCCCGCGCUACCUUCGACCGAAGGCAGCGAGCUCUAUCCACUUCGCUUUGAGCUGUUUGCCAUUUCAAACACUGCGCCAGAGAGCACGUCCGAAGACAAUUCUAUCCUGCGCGCCCACUCUCGCAACCUGCUCUGGAAUGACGACACUGCCGUCACUUUUCCGCGCUCGAGGAAUGUAGACAUUGGCCUGCGCUUCCUGGCCUGCGUGCCAAGCGCGUCUGGUUCGCGGCCGGCAGGCGAUGUAGCUGUGUCCGAAGCUAUUCGAGCUGAGCGCGACCUCACCGCACCUCUGCUGCAGCGGGAUGGCGAGCCAGGGCGCUCGACGUCGGUCAGCGCCUCGAACGUUGCGUCCGCAUCUCGUCCUGCGGCGCCCGACCUGCUCAGCGACUUUCUGACGGGCUCAUCGCCGCGCCACAGACAUCACCUCACCACUCGUCAGAUCAACCUGCUUUCCCGUCUAGUAGCGGCCCGAAGCGCUGGAUCGCGAGAGGAUCGGCUAGCAGCGAUCUCCUCAUUGACUUCGGAUGAAGUGGCAGACCUUCGAAGACUAUUCUCGUCCUCGACAUUGGAAGAAUUGCGCACUCGCGUUCAAGCCACGCGCGAGGAGCGAUCUGGAUCACGCCACGCCCUCAUGCACAGCGCUCGGGACUCUGACCACCGAUCCGCACUGCAUCGCGUCGCACGAGAGGCGAUCAACAGAGCUUCUCACGCCGGCGGUGUACAGCUUACGUCGGCUCAACGCGCUCUGAUCGAGCAAGUUGCAGGAGCAUCGUCCACGCCGCCGCGCUCGGCCGAGCAGCUCCCUUCGGACGCGUUGCAAGAUCUGGCUCCCCUGAUUGCCAGCCGUGCGCGAUCCAUAGCUCAACAUGCUGUUCGACAUGUUGGAGAAGGAUCCGUGCUGGCCCAGACACCUGUGUGCACGCUUUCGCGUCUCAUCAUCAAAGUUCCACGCCGAGCUGGACGAUCGGCGGCCAAGGAAGGACUGGUUUUCGUUAGCCACCGACCCAUCACUACCGCCAUGCUGGAGCGCUGGAACAAUUGCACGCAGACUGAGCUCGAAGCUGCUGCGCAACGAGAGGGAUUCUGCUUUGCCAGCAACGUCGCGGACGAAAGCACGGGCAGACGAAACGCGAGCCCGAUUAGCACAUCGUCUGCGAGACGCAGUACACCCAACACGCGCGACAGGUGGGACGACGAUCCGGAGCUGGGAGUUCCUCUGGCUUUCCAGCUAGACAAUGCUAUGCAACCUCCGACGGCCACUGAGCCCGCCUUGCUCAGGGAUCGAACAACGCUUCAUCCCGUCGGCUUCUUUCGCAUCCCGACCUCGGCGACUGCAACGCUGGAUUUCUCCGCAAUGGCGCAGCACGUCGUGAGGUCCGACACCAGGCACCAACACGGCGCCGCGAGCGGCGCGGUCGAGAUGAGCAGCGGUGUUUCUGGGAGCUACAUUGCAAUCAAGAUUUUGAACACGCACGAGAGCGACCUGCCCUCGUCUGCACGCAGACGGCAAGAUGCUGCUGGUAGCGCUCAACCAUCCACUUGCGCCGUCCAGUGGAUCGGAGCUCAUGGUGUUGCUGGAGUGCGCAGCAGCGCAACGGGAGCUUGGUUCGAUUGA